CUCUGAAAAACCAUGCAACUGAAAGUUCCGAAAGUUUGUUGACUUCAUUUCUGAGUUCCUGCAAUCUUUGCACCUUUUAUUAAUAAUUAUUAGUUUAGUUUCUGGUGUAAAAGAUUAGCCUAUGAUUCGCGGUUUGACGUAGAUUAUAAAAUCGGCACUGAAAAUUGUGUUUGCUUCUUAUUCGAUUUAUGACAUUUGUCUCCUGAGCCGUCAUGGAGCAAGUGCAGGUUUUCAAGGAAAUUCUGAACCAGAUAGGAAGCGGCCAGGGAACGUUUCGUGAGUCCGGCGAACAGGGCCGUACAUUGAUGGAUGUAGUCCGCCAGCUGCCGAGCAGCGAUGUUAAAGGUGAAUGCCUGAAAUCCUUCCUGGACGUGAUUCUGCGCGAAUCCUUCAACAUCGUCUCGGCACGGCAGUACCUGAACGAAUUUGUAACGGGAGUGAAUGAUCUCGACGCGGAGAUGCAAAAGAUGGUCAUCAGUUAUGCCUUGGACAAAAUGCAGUCGCGCUCCAUCUCUUUCGAGGAGCAGAUGUAUCCGCUGCGACUGCGCUUGGCCGCCGAGUUGGAGCGCGAACAGAACUGGCUGCAGGCGGCCCGUGUGCUGUCACAGAUCCCGCUGGAGAGCGGACAGAAACAGUAUACCAAGGAGAACAAGAUGGAAUUGUAUUUACAAAUUGGGCGCCUGUUCCUGGAGGCUGAGGAGUUCACGGAAGCGGAGAACUACAUCCACCGUUUGGGCCUGCUGAUUGAUAGCGCCGCUUCCGAAGAGAUCCGCAUUUCGCACUCGGCGGCUUUUGCCCGUAUCCAAGACUUUAAGCGCAAGUACAUUGAAGCAUCUCAGCGUUAUUAUGAUUUGUCUCGUCGGCCGACCGUGGCGGAAAGCGAGCGUAAAAUGGCCUUAUCCAACGCCGUCAACUGCAUCCUCCUGGCGCCGGUCUCCUCGCAGCGCUCUCGCGUCAUGGCCGUGCUGAUUAAGGACGAGCGCAGUCUGGAGCUGCCCACCUACGCCUUUCUCUGCAAAGUCUUUGACGGUAAGACCAUUAAGCGCCAGGAAAUUGACCAAUUCGCCGCCAAUCUGCAGCCGCACCAACGCGACGCCCUGACUCCCGAUGGCUCCCUGCUGCUGGAACAGACCUUCCUGGAGCACAACAUUUUGUCCACUCGCAAGUACUUUCGUGUGGCGACGUUCCAGGGAUUGUCGCGUCUGCUGGAUAUCCCGGUGGCCAAGCUGGAGAAGAUCAUGGUCAACAUGGUGUCGGAGGGACGACUGCACGUCAAGAUUGAUCACACUAAAGGGGCGGUGACGUUCGAGCAAGAGCAUCCCCUGAACGGAUGGGAUAAGAAGCUGGAGGCCAUCUGCAUGCAGGUCAACAAGGCCACGGAAAUGAUUGCGGCGCGCCAUCCGGAAUGGUACGCAAGUGUCUCGGCCGAUCAGAAGUGAUGUUUUGAGUUGGUUUUUGAUCUCUUUUUACUGUUAGUACGGAAAUGAGCUUAUUAUUUUCACUGACCAGUUUGAAAGUGUGCGUUACUAUGAAAUGAAGUUAAUGCACCAUCAAGAAAUUAAUUCAAAUUUUUUUUAUAACUGGCUUUUCAUAUGAGAGGAAUGGAUAGCGAUGUCGUUUUAUAAAUUAUUACUGUUAGGUAACUUAGGUUUGUUCGUCAAAGAAUAAAUAAAAUCACUG